AUGGCAGCCGAUGGCAGAUCCUUCGGUAUUUCAUUUGGGUUCUAUUGCGUCAUCGCUAUCGUGGUUUUCAUUUUCUUCGGCUUUGCGCGCAUGUCCAGUCUCUGUAAGAAAUUCUAUGCUCCGAAGAGAUUCACACGAGGUUUGAAACACAAGCCAAAGCGUCUGCCUUUGUCAUUCUGGGGAUGGCUCAUCCCUGUCUACAAGACGACGGAGGAAGAUCUCUUGAAAAUUGCGGGCUUUGAUGCGGCAGUCUACAUGCGUAUCAUCUCCUUUGGCAUUGAGCUUUUCUUCUAUCUGACCAUCCUUUGCUGUGCGGUCAUCCUGCCAGUCAACCUGGUGGGCAAGAACGUGUACAAGUUCACUGAGGAUAUCCUGCAGCCCAACAACUACACAUACUGGAUCCCUCCGCCACCGCCCCUCGAUCCAGUCGCACCCCCGCCCCCUCCAGCUGACAAUGUGCAGGGCAUCAAUCCGCCUGAUUUCUACCUAGUGACGCCGCCUGCCCCGCCAGGCCUCAUGUGGUGGCGCCUCAAGCCAGACGUCCCGCCAAUUCCGGAUCUCGGGCCGCAAUUUGCGGGAUACACGACACUGUACGACCCCAAGUGGAGACCAAAGAACUAUGUCCCCAACAAUAUGGAUACGCUGACAAUGUCAAACGUGAGCGACAGAUCGAGCCUCCUGUGGAUCCACUGCCUCAUGGCAUGGGUGGUGACGCUGGUAGUCUUCAAUCUGCUGUGGAAGUACAGCAAGUCGGCAGUGGCGCUGCGGCUGCGCUUCUUGCAGCAGGCUGAGGGGGUGCAGGCACGCACAGCACAGGUCCAGGAUAUUCCCGGCAUUCAAUUUGGCACGCUGAUGCACCGGGCGGACACCACGGUGCUGCGCGUGCUGCCGGGCGUCGUGAAGGAGCCCCUGAAGAAGACUGUGUCAAAGGUGGUCGACGUGGGCAACAAGGGGCUCAAGGCCACCACUGGGCGCAUUACCAACAACCUCACAAACAGGGAGGCGGCGCCGCCGCAGCGCAGCGGGAGCGACGCGAUGUUCUUUGAGGCCCCCGAGGCGCUGCCCAGCCGUGGCAGCAUCCCCUCGGUGCACGCCGUGGACCCGGCCAUCGAGGCCGCCCGGCAGGAGAUGAUCGAGUCCCAGCAGGCCCCCCUUGUUAAGGGAGGCCCCACCUCCUCUGUGCCGCCCGCCGACGCUGCAUCGCCUGGUGCCUGGAAGGCGGAGCCGGCAGAGGAGCCGGACUUUGCGAACGAUCCACCGGAGCUGGACGCUGCCUUCAGAUCUGUGACAGACCAGGAUCCCUGGUCCAAGGCUGAGGCUCUCCUGGAGGAUGGCCUGACAGUGCAGCAGAUGGUGGAGCAGGAGUACCAGGAGCUCUUUCCUGGGGAGAUAGAGGCGGUGCAUGUGUGCUAUGACCUGGCGGACCUGAACGGCCUCUGUGGCGAGUAUGAGAAGCUCAAGAGGAACCUGGAGGACCUGGUGGAUGACUACACCUCCAAGAAACGCCGCCACAAGCCCAUCAAGCGCAAGAAGGCACGCCUCAUUAUGAACGCAACCAGUGAGAAUGUGGUGGGGGUAAAGUAUGGUGCCUGGGGCCGGGACAGAUACGGCGUGAAGCCCGUCAAGGUGGAUGCUCUGGAGGCUGACGCUGGGGCUGUGUGCGUGCGGCUGCAGUUCUACCGGGACCGCAUGAACGAGGUGCGGCGGCUGAUCCUAGAGGAGCAGAAGCGCACCAAAGACAAGAGCGUGCCCAGCGCAUUUGUAACCUUCAAGAAGUACGUUUCCCAGGUGAAGGCGACCACGAGCACGCAGCACCACGACACCAGUACCUGGAAGGUCAGCGCGGCGCCCGGCCACGAGGAGGUCGUCUGGGGCAACCUAAGGUGGCGGUCGUGGGAGCGCAGCGCGCGUUUCGUGGCGGUGUGGUCGGCCUUCUUCGUGCUGACAGCGUUCUACCUCAUCCCCAUCAUCUUCAUCCAGGGACUGAUCAACAUCGACCAGCUCAAGAAAAUCCACGUCUUCGCUGUCAUCAUCGACCUGCCAGUCGUGAAGUCCAUUGCCACCGCCAUCCUGCCAGGCGCGCCCUCAUUUCCUUUUCUUAUUAUUACACGCUUUUCCACCAAGAGGCAAAGCGCGUCCUCCAGACAAGGCCUGGUGCUGAAGAUCUUCCUGGCGAUUCUGCCCAUAAUACUGGCGUUCAUGGGCCGCAUCCAGGGCCUCACCUCCAGGAGCUCCAUCGACUUCUCUGUCAUCACCAAGUACUACAUCUUCCAGGUUCCCUUUGAGAAUGACGUGUUAACAGUGGCCUUGAUCUCAGCAAUUGUGUGGGUGGCCCGCGAGCUCAUCAACAACCCCACAUCCAUCGUAUCCACCCUGGGCACCUCAGCACCCCUCACCUCCAUCUUCUUCCUCACCUUCAUCGAGCUCAAUGCGCUGGCGGCGACCCCUGUGGGCUUCCUGCGCAUCGUGGGCCUGGUCCUGUUCUGGCUGCUGUCGCGCAUAGCCGCCACCGAGCGGGCCAAGGCGCGGCUGUGGCAGCGGCAGACCAUGAAAUACGGACGUAUUCUGCCUCAGCACACGAUCACUAUCCUGCUGGGCCUGGUGUUCUGCAUCAUGAACCCCAUAAUCUGCCCCAUGUGCCUCAUCUACUUCCUCAUCACCACCGGCACCGAAAAGUACAACCUCCUCUACGUCUACACCAGCGAGUAUGAGAGCGGCGGCCAGCUGUGGCCGACGGUGUACUGGCAGGUGAUCACGGCGCUGUUCACCUUCCAGCUGUUCAUGGUGGGCAUCCUGGGAGCCAAGGGAAGCUACACCAGCAGUGUGGUCGUGCCAUUACUGUUCUUCACCGUCAUCUUCGCGCGUGUAUGCGCCGGCAUCUUCGAGAAGCCCUUCCAGGUUAUGUCCCUGCGCAACGCCGUCGACCUCGACCGCCACGACCAGGAGCUGGCAGGCCUGAUGACUGAGGAUGACAGGCGCAGCGAGGAGAACGCCUACCUGGCGCCCGCACUCAAAUUCGACGAGGCAGCGCACGAGCAGCUGAUGGCCGAGGCGCGCCAGAUGGACGCCGUGCUCAAGGGAGAGCAGGCGGUGGCGGUGGAGGCUGAGGAGGAGGAUGACGAGGCGAGCAACCCCGACGGCUCGCCGCGCGCGCCACUCCGGCCGCAGCAGCGCCGCGCCGCAGCCGCCACCGGCACCGGGGAGGACGCCGUCUGAUGGACACGCGGAUGCAUGCCAAAUGACUAUUUGUCGCUGCAGGCGCAUGGCUGCAUUACUUAAAUAAUUCAAGGGAGAAUGUGACAGAUGCAGCCGCCCUGAGAAUGCUGUGCGUAUUUUGUGUCAGCCGAGGCUGAUGCUCUAUACUGCGUCUCUAAAUGAUCUCAGCUUGCUUGCGCUUUUCGUCUUUCAUUUUUAUUUCAGAUGUGACUGCUGAGCACCGUGCUGAGGAGUGCCUGGUCGUAGCUAGGGGUCAGGGAUUUGAUAACAUUUGCUCCAGCUGGGCAGCCAUCGUUUUUUUACCAUUACACUUGACCAAAUACAUCUAGUGAUCGCCUCAGAAGGGAUCACGAUCGUAUGUAUAUCUCUGAUGUAGACGGAGCAGGCUAUUUUAAUAUUAUGCACGUAGCAGUUUAAAUUCCUUUGCAGGUUCUGGGUGGUGCACCCGUGGAACCCGAAUAGGCGACAUGCAUGCAACUUGUAUGUGUAAACAUCGACCCCCC